AUGUAUCUAAACAAUUUAGAAUUUUAUAGUGGAAGUGGGUAUAAGCAGUCAGGUUUCUUAAAAAAGUGGAAGGAAAAACUUUUAGUUUUCAAUUUGAAUACGAAGGUUUUAUAAAUUUAAGAUGCAAAGACUCAAACUCAAAAGCAAAUUGAUAUUUCAAAUUACAACUUAAAGAAGUUGGGUAAGUAUUAAGAGAAAUGGUCAAUAAAACUAUCGUCAGCAUAAAAUGAAGUUAAAUUGGGAUGGAAUAGUGAAAAAGAUUUAUAACAAUGGAUUGAUUGUUUCACGGGAGAAUGGUAGAAGAAAUAGGAGCACUUAAGAUUUUUGGAGGAAUUUGAUAAAUCUCACCCUGAGAUUGAGCCAUAUAUUGAAAAAUAACCAUUGGUAUUUAGACCAAAACCAAGCUUAAUGAUUCGUGAUAAGAUUGAAAAUAUGAUUCCUCAUUUGCCAUAGUUCAUUUAAAAAGACAUGGAGAUUCUUCUGUAAAACACAUUAUAGAAUUUGGAUGGUUUCAGUGACAUUCAAAAUUUCAAGCAAAUAUUGGAUUAAGAAAAUGCAAAAUUGUAUCAGGACCCAAACGAUAAUUUGCAUAUGAAGUUGGUUUACUAUUCGAAAAUUGAGCCUCGGAGGAUUUAUGAUGAACAUGUGAUGCCAUCAACAUAAAAUUGGAUGCCUGAUAUAAUUAAGCAAUUUUAAGUAUUUCCAACUAAGAAAGGAUGUAGUUUGGUAUAUUUAGAAUUUGAGUUUAAAGAUGAUGCAAUUCCUAGAUAGCAUAGUAUUUAAGAUGAGGAUGUGUAAGAAGAAUAGCAUAACUUCAAAUUUCAUUCAUCUCAAUCACUGAAUUAGAAUGAGUAGGAUGAUAACAAUAAAAUAAGAAUAGUAUUCACAUAGAAGGGAUUUGAGAAGGACGGCAUCUAUUGUGUAUUUCGUAAGUACACAGGAUAAGAAAUGUAUCAUGAUUAGAUUGAUAGGAGUCUGGCAAAUUAAUUGGGCAAGUAUAAGAUCAUUAGAUCAGCUCUUGUUGUUUAACCAUCAAACAAACAGGAGUUCAAAAGUUUACUGAUAGAAGAAAUAUACGUGGAUUGUAAAGAUCUGGAUGGAGGAGAAAAGUUAUUGAAAAUCCUAUUGUUGAAUAUAACAUCUUCAGACAGAAAUCUGAUGCAAAUCUAAUAGGAAAUAUAAUAAAUAACUGAGAAUGUGGAAGUGAAAAAUGUAGAACUAUUCGAAACCAUUUAAAUCUCUAUUAAAUUAACGGAAUCUGAUAUUCAAAGGAUAACUUCAGAAUAGCAUUAGAUUUAAUCAAAGGAAGAAUUCUAAAAGUUAAUUGAAAAGGUGGGAAAUGGCCAAUACAUUUUAGAUGCGAUCGCAUAUCAUUCAGAUCAAACUAUUAUUUCUGGUUUAGACAAAAAACUACAAACCAAUGAUGAAGAAGGUCACUUCUUAUACACUAAAUACUACCGAGUUGACACCACUAAAGGUGGCUUAACCUAUCAUAAUGAAAGAUUAUUGAAGGAUUAAAGAUCUGUUCUCUUAAACAUGAUCAAAAGGAUGGGAUCCAAUCUUAUAUAAGGAAAAUCUGUAAUGUCUGUCUCCCUGCCUAUCUAAAUAUUUGAAAGUAGAUCCUUUCUUGAGAGAAUGGCUCGAGCUUAAGGACAUGCUCCUCUAUUUUUUGAACCUGCAGCAAAAUCUAAUGACCCUUUACAAUAAAUGAAAUAGACUAUUGCCUUUCAUAUGGCAACUUUUAUGAUGGGAAUUCAGUAAGAAAAACCAUUCAAUCCAAUUUUAGGAGAAACCUUUUAAGGUAGAAUACUUGGAUGCCCUAUUUAUUUGGAAUAGACAUCCCAUCAUCCACCAAUUUCUAAUUACAUUAUGUUUGGAAGAGAUUAUAAAUUGUAUGGAUCUUUCAGUCCUAUAGUUAAUAUGGGCUGCAAUAGUCUCUCUGGAGAACAGCAAGGACAUUCUAUAGUACAUUUUCAAAAUACAAAUUUAAAAUUUUAUUACAUUAAUCAACCAUUUACAGUUUAUAACAUUAUCACUGGACAAAGAAAUGUCAAUUGUCAUAAACGAAGUUUCUGUUUUUAGCCUGAUCUUUAAUUAUGUGCUGUUAUACAAUUCAACCCCAAAGAUGAAAAUAAAAGUUUUUUUUCAAGGUAAACCACACCAAUUGAUCAUUUCUUGGGGAAGAUUUAUAAGGUAUCUCCUAUGUUUAUUUAACGUUGUAAAAUGGCACAUAAAACUGGAUCAGGAUUGAAUUUGAAAUUGAAAAUCAGCAAAGAAGAAAUCUUAGAGACCUACGACUCUAUCAGUGGCCGAUGGACUUCUCAUUUAGACAUCAACGGCUAAAGAUUUUGGGAUAUUAACAUACAUAGACCCUAUGUGCUAGAAUUGGAGUCUAGACCUUUACCAUCUGAUUGUUUAUAUAGAUUAGAUUUACUUCUCAUGAAAAUGAAGGAUAUUUAAAGAGCACAAGAAAUGAAAGAAAAAAUGGAAGUAGAUUAAAGAAAGGAUUAAAAGUUAAGGUAAAAAUGA